GGUCUUUAAGGAUGGGGGCACACUCGGUCUUGUCUUGUACUUCACCUAAUUGUAGGCUACAUGUAACCACUGAGUGCUGACAAUAAUGUAGGCUACCCAAAACUAAGGGAGGAGUUUAUCUGAGACCACUAUAGUAAGUUAAUGUUUGUGCCGAGGUAAGCGACAGACAUCAGUUCACGCCUGUAGAAGUGCCGCACACUUUGGGACUCGUCUGGGGCAAAGUGAAACGGUGUCGUCCGUCUCAAGAGUACGUUGGAGGAACAAGGUACAUAUAAUCCCUGCAACAGUUCGUUCAACUCCAAAAUGCUCUGCGCAUCACGGAGUCAUUACGCACGUACUUGUCAACUUCCCACCGCUUUCGCCGCUCUCAAAUAGAUGCUCACACUGGGAGGCGAGUACAUGGCUUUGAUUCAAUCAUUAUUCCCUUUAGAUAUUUCAACUGAGCGGACUUGAAACGCCUCAUCCCGAUGUAUCCAAACGGACGAAAGUAAACAUUCUCCUGAAAAAUGCUUUUCAACAGAGGACACCCUGGAAAUCUCUCUUGCGCUGUUCGAGAAUGAAAUUACAUCUUCGAUUAUGUAGGAGGGUGGAAGUCUGCUUCUCACAAUGAGCUGAUAUCUGUCCCCACAAGUGUUAGACGAUGGAUGCGAACCUGACGACUGUGGUCGACAGCGGGUAUCUGGAGAGCGACCCCUCCACGCGUGUCCUGACUGGAUGCUUCCUUUCUCUGCUCAUCCUGUCCACGCUACUGGGAAACACCCUGGUAUGUGCUGCCGUCACCAAAUUCCGACACCUUCGCUCCAAAGUCACCAACUUCUUCGUCAUUUCGCUGGCCGUGUCGGACCUGCUGGUGGCCGUGCUGGUGAUGCCCUGGAAGGCGGUGACGGAGAUCACCGGCUUCUGGCCGUUCGGUGCCUUCUGCGAUGUGUGGGUAGCGUUUGACAUCAUGUGCUCCACGGCGUCCAUCUUGAACCUGUGCGUCAUCAGUGUGGACCGCUACUGGGCCAUCUCCAGCCCGUUCCGCUACGAGAGGAAGAUGACCCCCCGGGUGGCCUUCAUCAUGAUCAGUGCGGCCUGGACGCUGUCCGUCCUCAUCUCCUUCAUCCCCGUACAGCUGAACUGGCACAAGGCGGCUCAGCAUCAUCAUCUUCAGCAGCAGUCCCCCUCAAGCACCUCGGCGGCAGUGGCCAACGCUUCUCUCGGGACGGUGAACUGUGACUCGAGCCUCAACCGGACGUACGCCAUCUCGUCCUCGCUCGUCAGCUUCUACAUCCCUGUCGCCGUCAUGAUCGUCACGUACACUCAGAUCUACCGCAUCGCCCAAAAGCAGAUUCGCCGCAUCUCUGCACUGGAGCGCGCGGCAGAGAGCGCCAAGAACCGCCACAACAGCAUGGGCGGAAGCUCCACGGACGAGUCUGAGAGCUCCUUCAAGCUCUCGUUCAAGCGUGAGACCAAAGUCCUGAAAACCCUCUCCAUCAUCAUGGGGGUGUUUGUGUGCUGCUGGCUGCCCUUCUUUGUCCUGAACUGCAUGGUGCCCUUCUGCAAGCGCGGAGAGGACGGUGGAGGCGACGGCGGACAGGCGGACUUCCCCUGCAUCAGCCCGACCACCUUCGACAUCUUUGUCUGGUUCGGCUGGGCCAAUUCGUCGCUCAACCCCAUCAUCUACGCCUUCAAUGCAGACUUCCGCAAAGCAUUCGCCAUCCUCCUGGGGUGCCAGAGGUUCUGCCCUGGGAACGGAGGUGUGGAGACUGCCAGCCUGAAUAAAACUUGAAGGGCCACCUGCUAUCCACGCCACCACCACCAUCACCACAACAACAAUAACAACAACAACAACAACAACCCCAGCCCCCCUCUCCCCCUGCCUGAUCACCCUCUCGCCCACCCUGCACACUCAAGGGGACAGAGGACAUUUACAAUGAGCGUAACAUGACCCAGAUUCAGGCCAAGCCAUGUUCAGGCUAGCCACGUUCAAGCCAGCAGUUGUAAGUAGGGGGAAAAAAGUCAGAUUUCGGAAUACCAUUCCAAGAAGAGGAGGAAAAACAAACAACUCCUGGCAGCCCUUGGCGACUUGGAUCAUGUUGCUGAUGGUACUUUGCAGAGGAUAAUCCCUUGAAUCGGAGACAAGUAUCACAUCCUCUGCAGGCUCUGAGGUCUGACAAGCAUAGCAAGCAGAAGGCCUGGUAUGACCAGAGCCACAGACUACAAACAAGACAGACAGUCCAUCCAUGACCUCGGCUAUUUUUGUGUGUUCAGCUUUUAUAUAAAUACUUCAUACUUCACAGAGAACCUUAAUGUGGCUGUUUCAUUUCUGUAGAAUGUUCUUUACAGCAGGCACUUCUUAGCAUACAUGAAAAAUCAUCUUCUAAAUCUGUGGUUUGGGAUGUGUGCAUCCCCAUUGGAUCAUAAAGCCUUGUCGUUGGCCAUUGCCAAACAUCAUGUUAACAUGCAAGUCGUAGCUUUGUCAUCAUGCAGAUCAUGUCCAUUCCCCUUGAUUGCGGUCAUUUGGCAUGCAAUGAAGUGAACUGAAACGAAUAGAGGCAAUUUCUCAUUCCAUGCAUUUCUAAAAUACCACAAUUUGAGCAAUGAAGGGGGUAUGGGUGAGGGUGGGGGUGGGGGGGGUCUAAUUAAACUGCCCCAGAUUAACCUUUCAUUGGAUAUUUUGUCCCAAGUUGACUAUGUUCUCUGCCUUAUUCAUGAGCUGCUUGUCUCCCAUUACUACAUUCAUGGGAACCAUUUUCUUUUUUUCCAAAACAAGCAGCCAGGUGGUCUGUUAUUCCACAGGCUAUAUUGCGAUUGC